AUGGCUAAGGACGAGAAAAAGUUUGCCACGUUCAUGAAGAGAAAGACAGACCGCAUUAAGAAGAUGAAGAACUUGUGGACAUUAAGAAAACCUGGUUAUGAAAUGGUGCUUCCACGCCUCACACAGUUAGCUAUUGUGCAAGUUUUGCAAGAAAUCAAAGUGCCAUAUGCUGUGGCAGAUUUGUAAGUAUUGUAAAACUUGGUGGCGGUUUUAAGUAGAGGUGAAUUUAAGUUUCCAACGCAUUACCACCUUUCCUAAAUUCUGGUUCUUGAAACUUUUUUGCUUCCAUUUCAUGCAAAUUUAUCGAGGCUUAGUCUCCCUCAAAGACGUUCUUAUCACUCCAACCCUCGCCAAUGAAUGUUCAUUCCAAACUAUACCUCCAACCCUCGUUAACAAACAUUUGUUCCAACCUAUACACAGUCAUGCUGACGAACAUUUGUUACCAAGGUUUGGAGUAAUAAGAACGUUAACUUUGCAAACAAGACUAUAGUCAAGGCUAUAUUGGUUGUAAAAUCAUUCCUUACACCUUUAGUGUAUAUAUGCACUGCAUUUACCUAUUAAGUGGCAAUGUGCCUUAAUACCAGUGCCGUACGAGCUAAUUAUCACAAUUAAAUGUCUUAAUUAAUUUAAGCAUAUACAGUAUCAUAUUGUUUUCCUCACUCCUUUCCAUUUAUAAUGUUUCAUUUUCAGUGAAGCUUAAUACCAGUGCCAUACGAGCAAAUUAUCACAAUUAAAUGUCUUAAUUAAUUUAAGCAUAUACAGUAUCAUAUUGUUUACCUCACUCCUUUCCAUUUAUAAUGUUUCAUUUUCAGUGAAGCGGACUGUGAAAUUGCAUCGUUAGCAAACAAACUGGAUGCUCCAGUGUUGGCCAGUGACAGCGAUUUUUACAUAUUCAACAUCAAACGUGGUUACAUUCCAUUUCAACAGUAUGAUUUCUCUGGUCCAAACACCACAGUUAGAAAAUUCAGUUUUGAUGGGUUUGCCAAACAUCUUGGCAUCGACCCUAGCAUGUCACCACUACUUGCCUCACUGGUUGGAAAUGACUACAUCUCUGAUAUAAUGUUAAGGCCAUUCACUGCUCAUAUUGACAGUCUUGUAAGCUCAUCAAAGCUAGAAGCUGGCAGCAAAAAGUGCAAGGUUCCAACUAUCGCACAGUUUUUGUCAGGGUAUAAGUCAGUUUCAGAAGCAAUUAAUGCUGUGAUAGGCUUGUUUCCAAAUGACCUUAAGGUGUCAUUUAAGAAAGCGUUGGAUCUAUCCAUUGAAGAAUACCAAAUGAAACAAACCAAUUUGAUUGGCUAUUUUGAUUCUAGUGAUCUUAGUUGUAACAUGCGUACAUAUAAUGGUCAUUCUCUGCCACAAUGGGUUGUUAAACUUUAUCGACAAGGUUUGAUUGCCUCUGAGGGUUUAGCUUGUUUGUGUAACAGAAAGAUUUUUCUCCGAACACAGUGUGAAGAUAUAGCAUUGCCGUCUGCGCAGAUUUGUGCUCAAGGCCUUAGAUGGUACUAUUAUGUGCUGGCUUUGAACUGUGAAGGUACCACCAGUACAGUGGUAUCAGCAACAGAGUUACAGUCACAAAGCAAGGCUGGUGUAGCAAGCAUGGUAACUGAUGGUCAAAUUGAACUGGGCAGAGAUUUUGACCACACCCUUACGCGAGGGUUUUCACCAGAGACCCAGACACAUAUGGAUACCAAAAGUUUCAAUGAUACAUCAUCACCAUUAGCAGUGUCAGGGACAAUGUUACAGAACCAAUCGGGCAAAGCUGGUAUACCAAGUAUGAUUACUGUUCAAACUGAACCAGGGACAGACUAUGACCACACCCAUACAAGCAGGCCAACACCUGAGGCACAGAGGGAAACUAAGUGUUGUGUUUCGUCACCAUUAGCAGAAUUACAGGAACAAGGUGAAGAUAGUAUACCGAACACGGUGACUGGCCAAUCAGAGUCCCAGGAGGAGUGCAAAACUACCCAUUGCGACACAACACCAUCAACUAGCGAUACCAAACAAAUCAAAGAUUCUGACCACACCCAUAGCAUACUAGAAUUAGAGUUUGCCCAUAAAUUUGAUCUCAAUGAAAAUACAGUGAAAAGCAAGGAAAUUGGAUUGCUAUCAACCUUUGACCAUACCAUCGAAGAUGUAAAGUUUGACAAAACUGAUAGUACAUCCCAAGCCACCACCGAAGAUAUCGUUGUUACAGAACUUGAUAGGGAAGGGUUGAGACUUGUUCAGAAAACAGUGAAUCUAACACGCAAAGUCCCUGAAAUCGAUUUCCAAAUUCAUGACAUACCAAAAAUGUCUGAUGAGGCCAAAAAUAGUCACCUUCUAAGCUUGCUCGAUUCCGACUUACCAUUUAUUCGUAAUCUCCCAAUCAAACACCAGAUUGUGCUAUCGGCAUUGAGAUAUUGGGUUAUUCACUCCCAAAUCAAACCAGCGCACCUAGCUGCAUUAUUAGUGUAUUAUGUUGGUGAAAAACGGAGUUCGACUACAAGCAAGUCUUUCCAAAUUUCCUUAGAGGCAGUUCAUGGUUUUUCACAAUGGCAAAAUGUUCUGUACUGGGUAGAACGGUUGAACGCGUUGUUUUCUUCCGCAUUUCCACAACUGCAAAUAGCCAAGUUGUAUGAUGGUGCUCAAGUGUGCUUGGUGUACGAAAGACUUCAAGUCUCAGGUUAAUAUUGCUGCAUAUGAUUAGUUAAUUGCUUGUAAGAAGAGUAAUUUGGUAGGGGAACCGUUAAGACAGAACUGAUAGAGCUAUCUAGGUCAAGAAAACGUUUCAGCUUGUCUGGUUAGUUUAGUUUAGGUUUCCAGAUGGCCUUCACUUGACCUCUGAGAAGAAAAAUUAUAUUAGAAGUUAUAGAACUAUUGAGUAUAUAGGGCCCUUACUCUCACCCUGAUGUUGUUUCUCCAGCUUUUCUGGGGGCCUUUACCUCCAGAAACCGCACUUUCCGUCACCCAUUUUGGCCACAAAGAAUUUGCGUGAUUUAUUCAUGUGUCAAUAAAGUUAGUUUAGGUUUCCAGGUGGACCUCUAGGGAGAACAGUUCAGAACUGAUAGAGCUAUCCACUAUAAAUAAAGUUAGCUUAGUUUAGGUUUCCAGAUGACGUAUACUUAACCUCUAGGAAGAAAAGUUCAGAACUUAUAGAGCUAUCCAGUAUAAGGUUAGUUUAGUUUAGGUUUCCAGAUAACCUCUACUUGACCUCUAGGAAGAAAAAUUCAGAAUUUAUAGAGCUGUCCAGUAUAUAUAUAAAGGUUAUAUAGUUUAGGUUUCCAGAUUACCUCUACUUGACUUCUAGGGAGAACAGUUUAGAACUGUCUGAUAGCUAGCUACCAGUAUACUAUGAAAUUAGUGGGUUUAGUUUAACAGCAUGUGUUUGUGUGCACCGUGACUUAUUUAAAUACAUCUAAAUCAUCCCGCCUCAUAUCUCAUCCUGGCAAAGCGGGAUCAUAAAAACAGCCCUUUAUUCAGCAAAUUGCGCAUGCUGCCUUUGAUCCCUUGGGGGUGAGGCAGCACUUUCCUUGCGAUAGUAAAUUCUAGUAUUAACACACAGUAUUUGUAAAUUAUACCUCUCGACAAUUUCUAGGUAUCAAGUUUGCCGAAUCUAUCGUGAUCAACACGAACUUAUAUCGUCACCUUUAUGACAUAAUUACUACAGACUUACCACGUGACUGCCAGUUCAACCAAUCACGAAGCAGCGAGAGACAACAGAAUAAAGGAGGCAGGACGUUGGAACAAGAAAAGGAGACAAAGAAUAAAAGUUCCGAGGUCUUGAAAGGAAAUAAGUUUGCGCUUUUGUGUGGAUCAGAUUCAGAUGAAGGCUAA